AUGAUUAAAGCAUUGAAAAUUAAACCAAAAUAUUAUGAUAUCGCUUAUAAUUUAACUGAUAUGAGAUUUAAAGGUAUCUACAGAGGGAAAAAGCAUCAUGAAAAUGAUACUAAGCAUGUCUUGUAUCGUGCAAUUAAUUCUAAUGUAAAACGCUUGUUGGCUACAGGUGCAUCGAUAUACGAAUCAAAAGAAGUUAUUGAAUAUUGUAAAAAAUUUGAAUUGCCAGAUUACCCUUUAUAUUAUACAAUUGGUGUCCAUCCUUGUUGUGUUAAUGAAUUUGGUAGGAUCCUUGAUGAAAAAUAUAGUAUGUCUACAUUAUAUACGCCAUCCGAUGAUGAACCUUAUAAUUUAAAAGUUUAUAAUGAUACUAUAGAAAAUCCAAGUUUUGCUCAGGCAAAAUUACUUGAGUUAUAUCAAUUAUGGGAAUUGCAAUUAAAGAAUGAUCCAAAAAAUUUUAGAGCUCUUGGGGAAUUUGGUUUAGAUUAUGAUAAAUUUAAUUUUUCAAAUAAAGAAAUGCAAAAAUUAUUUUUUCAAGAACAAUUGAAAUUGGUUUGCUUAUUUUAUGAAAAUCAUUUUGAAUUCUUAGAAAAAAAUCCAAUUGGCUUAUUUUUACAUAUGAGAAUUGCAAGUGAUGAUUUUGUUGAAAUUUUUAAAAAAUUUAUUGAUGGAUUUAACACUUCGAACGAUAUAUUCAAGUUAAAGGAGAUCAUUCCGUCAACAAAUCCAGGUUAUUAUAAGUUACCUUCGUUUGUUAAAUUUGUAGCUCAUUCUUUUAGUGAUGAUUCAAAUGCUUUGAAAAAAUUAUUAAAUGUUUCACCAAAGAUGUAUAUUGGUUUAAAUGGUGCGUCAUUACAAAAUGAAUCCAAUUUACUUGCCAUUAGAGAUACUUUACCAAUUGAAAGAAUAAUUUUAGAGACAGAUGCACCUUGGUGUGAAAUUAAAAAAAAAUCAGACUGCUUUAAAUACUUAGUUGAUGCGCCAUCUAUACCAUAUAAAUCAGUCAAAUAUGAUAAACUUGAUAAAAUUACUGAUGAUUCAAUUAAAAACCUUACGAUGAUUAAAGAUAGAAAUGAACCAUGCAACAUCUCUCAAGUUGCCAUUAUAAUUGCCAAAUUGAAAAAUAUGGAACUAAAUGAUUUGAUAGAAAUAGUUUGGAAUUCAACUUGUGCUGUUUAUGGUGAAUGA